CGCUCGCCGGCGGCGCCUUCCUGCCCUCCCUCCCUCUGCCCCCUCCUUCCCCGUCCCGGCCGCCCGCAGCUCCCAGGUUUUGCAAAGAGCGGCGAUGAAGAGGAAACUGACGCUCUCCGAGAUGCAGUUGGUUCUUCUCGUUUUAUUGGUGUGGCUACCAACAAGAUCAGUGCUGGCUGACUCCCUGGAAGAUGAAGCUAAGAAUAACAUCACCAUCUUUACAAGAAUUCUAGACAGACUUCUGGAUGGUUAUGAUAAUCGCCUCAGACCUGGAUUAGGAGAUAGUAUUACUGAAGUCUUCACUAACAUCUAUGUGACCAGUUUUGGACCUGUUUCAGAUACUGAUAUGGAAUACACAAUAGAUGUUUUCUUCCGUCAGAAAUGGAAGGAUGAGAGAUUAAAGUUUAAGGGCCCAAUGAACAUUCUUCGAUUGAACAACCUAAUGGCCAGCAAAAUCUGGACCCCAGAUACAUUUUUUCACAAUGGGAAGAAGUCAGUGGCUCAUAACAUGACAAUGCCAAAUAAGCUCCUACGAAUCCAAGAUGAUGGAACUCUGUUGUACACCAUGAGGCUUACAGUCCAAGCUGAAUGUCCAAUGCACUUGGAGGACUUCCCUAUGGAUGCGCACUCUUGCCCACUGAAAUUUGGCAGCUAUGCAUACACAACGUCAGAAGUGACAUACAUUUGGACUUAUAACGCUUCAGAUUCGGUACAGGUGGCACCAGAUGGCUCAAGAUUGAAUCAGUAUGACCUUUUAGGUCAAACAAUUGGAAAAGAGACAGUUAAAUCAAGUACAGGUGAAUAUACAGUUAUGACGGCUCAUUUUCACCUGAAGAGAAAAAUUGGUUAUUUUGUCAUUCAGACUUACCUCCCCUGUAUCAUGACUGUCAUUCUCUCUCAAGUGUCAUUCUGGCUGAACAGAGAAUCUGUACCUGCCAGGACAGUCUUUGGAGUAACAACUGUGUUGACAAUGACAACACUAAGCAUCAGUGCUCGAAAUUCACUCCCCAAAGUAGCAUACGCAACAGCUAUGGAUUGGUUUAUUGCUGUUUGUUAUGCAUUUGUAUUCUCUGCAUUAAUUGAAUUUGCAACUGUAAAUUAUUUCACAAAACGAGGAUGGGCCUGGGAUGGAAAAAGUGUAGUGAAUGAUAAGAAAAAAGAAAAAGCGUCUGUCAUUAAGAAAAACAAUGCCUAUGCAGUAGCUGUUGCCAACUAUGCUCCAAAUAUUACCAAGGACUCAGUGCUACCAACCAUCUCCAAGAGUGCUACAACUGCAGAACCCAACAAGGCAAAACCAGAAGCGAAGCCACAAGAAGCAAAGAAGACAUUCAACAGUGUUAGCAAAAUUGACAGAAUGUCUAGAAUAGUGUUUCCAGUAUUAUUUGGUACUUUUAAUUUAGUGUAUUGGGCUACAUAUUUAAACAGGGAGCCUGUCUUACUUGGCUUUGCGCCAUCAACCUAAAAGCUGAAUUGCACUGAGGACUUAACGCAUCAUUCUAAUCAGAUAGGUUGUUUGCUAUGUACAGUCUGACUAAUAACUGCUAAUCUGUGAACCAUUAUGUACAGUGUGUAUAUAAAUGUCUUGUCUGUGUAUCUCCAAAGGAGGCACACAGUGUUAAUUCAUGGGUCUGUAAACAGAUAGCACCCAUGGCAAAUACAGCCAGCUCUUUAAAAGUUAAACCCAGGGGACUUCGGUUAAACUAGCAUUCAAAUAUACAGAGUUAUAUUCUCUCCAUACGAUGAAAUGAAGAUAUGAUCCUACAUAAUUAUUUAGGAACAGUAUUUUUUUAAUUUAAAGUUAAAAUAUUUUUCUAUAAAGUAACUAAUUCUACUUUAAUGAAAGAAAAUGUCAUUUAAAAAAGUGAUUUUUUUUAAAAAGGUGUAAUUGUUUGAUACAAUAGCAGUACCCAUGUACAUAACAGAGUACAGAGGUCAUACAGUUCUACUCUUCACAAAUAUUCUGGAUACUAGUUAGACUGAAGAGGUAGGAAAGACUACUAUAUGGCAAAAGCCACAAGUUUCUUACUUCUGUCCUCUUUGAAGCUGUUAAUAAAUUCAUCUAAUUGAGUUCAGGGAAAAGUGCUAAUCAGAUUUCCAAUAUCAACCAACUUCUGCUAGUGAGACUUAUUCUUUUCACUGCUUUAUUUAUUUGAUGUUGCUAAACCGGGUUGUCUGGUUCAGCAAGGAAUUUUUUUUUGCUUUUUGGUUUUGUUCUUAAUUGGAUAUUAUCAGAUUCAUAAACACACUCAGAAAUUUUUCAGGGUUAAGUAUAUCAGUAAUAUAAUAUACUUUAUUUCCUUGCCUAAUAUUUUCUUAAAACUUGCCAUUAAUAUAUUUACCUGUGUUUGUCCCAGGAAGCACUGUUUUCAAGGGAAAUGAGAACCAUGAUUUAAGUUCAGGAAAUUGUCCAUAUAAUAAAAUUUACUGCUGCUUUUGUAAAUUGCAACUUUACAUUUCGCUGACAUAACUUUACAACAACUUUGUAUACUAGAAAUGAUUUUGCUAAGAUUUGAAUGUUAUUUUUUUAAUAAAAGGUCAUGCAUCAUCAGUAGGUAUCAACUGUAUUUCAUAUACACAGAUAUAACAAAAUUGGAGCUGCCACUGGCAAUUUUAUAAGAACAUUUAAUACUAUCAGUAAAAUUGUUUUUCAUCUGAGCCUUUGCAAAGAUUCUUUAUGCCCCUAAAGGCCUGGUAAAUCAUAGCAUAAGAAGUAAUUGUGUACUGUAUUUAGAUUUUAGUAUACUUGGCCAAUCAAAAAUAUUUUGAUUCACACAUACAUUAGCAGUUAUUAGUUGACCUUUAAAAAAAGAUACACCUUUAUGAUGAUGUCUUCUAGUAGAGACAUUUGUAGUCGUAUAGUGUCAUUUAUUGCAGUUUUGUACAGUACUUGAGUAUAGUGCAUAACAUAGAUAUGUUCAGAAUUUAAAAAAAAGUUGUACAAAUAUUUCUAAAAUCAAAUAAAAGAGUAUCUUAAGACAUGGAAAUGUGCUAAAAACAACAAAGAGAAACACUGCUUUCUUUUGCUGUUUUAUUUUCUUGCUUUUUCUUUGCUUUCAAUGUGAUUCUGUUUUGUAUUUUGUGUGACAGUAUACACGCCAAGGUCACAAAUGUAUAUUAUGAAUAGAAUUAAUAGUUAAGACAGAGAUGACAUCAGUAAAAUAAAGACAUUUUGUAGGUUAUAAAUGAAAGGGAAAAGCAUGGACAAGGUGUGUAUCCCUUGAAUUCCCUCUAAGUAAACUGUCAGUCUAAACCUUUCUCAUCAACAGUAGCUAAAAAAUGAGCACUUUACUCAGAACAUUAGAAUAAAAAUAUCCUUAUUUUCAUAUAUAUUUAUAUGUAAAUGUAGAUCUUCCAUGUAACAGGGAGAUGUGUGCAAUAGUGUGAUUAUAAGCAUAAGGCUGGAAGGCAAGCAAUAAAAAAAGGUUUUUUCAUGGUAUAACUAUACAUUUUUAAAAUGUUUAAUUUGUAAAUUAUAAAUUAUCCCUUCAACAUCACAUUGUCCAGGUAUGAAUAAGUAUAUAAAUAUGUACAUAUGUACAAAUAAUUGUAAAUAUUAGGACUAUAGAAAAAUCCCUUCACUUUUAACUCUGUUUUUGGCAAAGGGCUCUGACUGUAUAGUUCAGUGGAGGCCCGUGCUAAACUGCUCUUGCUCGAUUAUGUUUUCUGUGACUGAGGUCUCCCUCCUGUGACCUACUGGGAGUUCAUACCUUCUGUUCACAUCAAGAUCUAGGAAUUCUCCAAACCUCACUGGACAGGGGUAUGAGAAACAGAGGUUUGUGUUUCGCCCUUGGCUACGUCCCAGGUACUCAAAGCCUUCCCAAUGUUGACAUGAUGUUGUGUAUUUCUCCAUGCACGACACUGUGUAGUCAGAACUCUCCCCACACCAAAUAUAAGUUGUGCUCAGAGUCAUGUUGAAUUACCUGAUUAGGAAGGAUUUUGCAUCCUUAUCCAAGAAUGGGACCCCUCAAAGGUUUUUGACAGUACAAGUCUUCUCCAGCAAGAUUUCUUCUCUGGAAAAUAACAUCUGGAUAAUUCAGAGCUGCAUGUAAAAAGUGUGUCUUCAGUUUGCACAAGAAGCCAACGAUGUCUAAAGUUAGUCAGCUCUCCUACUGCUGCUUUUAUUGGGUACAACUAUUUUUUCACUGACUGACCCUUUUCUCUUUGCUUGUGUUAUGCUUAGAGGCAGUCAGUCAAAAAAACAGGUGUUUAUCAGAUGCUAAAGAUACAUUUAUUGCACAUUUAUAUAGAAAAGUAGGCAAACUAUAUAAAUUCACUCAGUGAAAAAGAAUAAAUUUUAAAUAUUUACAUGCAGUUAUUGUGGGCAUCAGCAAGGCUUUUAAGUGGGUAUGCUCCAGAAAAGCUUCACUUUUACAUUUAGUUCAGUUGGUCUACAUUAAAGCAAACUCCUUCUGUGGGAAGAAGCAGUCUGCUUUAUUGUUUCACUACAGAAAUAUUUACAGUGGGUAAACUGAGUACAUGUAACUUGCAAAUCUAUAAGACUAUCAACUGGAUUAGUGAAUUUAAAUGUGAAUUUAAGUGAAUGGAAGCACUGUGCAAAGAAUGCCACAGGCCUUCUUUUCAUUUAGCAGUAUAGAAUCUGUGUCUGGGAUUUUACAGCUGAUGUCACAAAGUUAAUGCAAAUACCCAGAAGUUUCAUUUCAUUUGAGUAGGGAGAGAGAAUAAGUGAGAAAACGCAGGUCACUUCUCUCUCAAAGACUUGCACAUGGAAUCUACCAGUGAAUUUUUUGGUUGACAUAUAAUUCUAAUUUAUUUUUCCCAUUACUUUUGGUCAGGGUGUCAUAUUUUAUAUGACUUAAGAAAUUAAUUCAAUAAAUACAAAGAUUUUCUUACACUGUGGUAAACUUAUAUUGGAAUUACACUAGUUCCGAAUGAGGUUUAUGAAAUCGGUUUUCAAUGUUGUACUAGGGCACAGACUUUUGAAUGCAUGUGGUCAGUUAAUUUAACAGUAAUUCACAAAUCAGCAUGAAAACUGUGGAGAUCAGCAGUGUUUAUCAGCCAGAGUUGUCUGCUGGACAUUUCAUGACAGAUUGCUUUUAAAAGAGUGGCUUCCAAACUUCUCAGUUGUACUGUAGCCAGUGAAACUACCUUUACCUUCCGUAUCUGGGCUAAUUCAACUUGUAACUGCUGCAGUGUUGAGCAUCUUUUAAACAGAUUAUUAUGGUAGGUGUUCUGAGAUAUAAGCUUUAGUUUGGGAGACUACUCAUACCACUGAACAUUAUUCUAAAUUAAGGAGCUGAUUUACCUCUUUAGUCACAGGAGAGAGCAUUUAGACACCAAACAGGAGCCUUACGGAAUCACCUUCCCUUCCCUGUUGUUAUAGGUGGUGAGACUUUUCAAAAGUGGGGUGACCAUGAAGUGUCUGUAUGAAAUCAACCAGAAGCAGCUGGAAGGGGGUAGGGAUGUACGAGGGAGGAAAGGAGGAAGGAGAAAAGGCUUUGUUAACAUGUCAGUGGAUUGUGAGGUAACUGAGGAAGAAGCUGUUGAGGAAUUAAUGGUGUUUUUGUUUCAGCUUCAGUUCUGAGCCUUCACUGCCAUAAGUUACUUGUGGGAAAGUAACUCUUAGAGCAUAUGAAAUUGAAAUACUUCUUGUAUAACUCUGCUGAACUUGAGGGACAUGACUUGUGCCUUUGAAAGUGAGAGGUUUCUACUGGCUGCUUUAUGAAAACAGUCCAUGCAGUGUUGUGUACCUCCUGCCAUUUGGGACAUCUAGGGUAGAGGGAGAAAAGAAGCUUCAGAAGUUGAACAAAACUUUGUUAAAUCUACAUUUUGUUUUCUUAAAAGGUGUGACUUUCACUUAGACAGUCAACAUCCAUCCUCCAUACCUCUCAUUCCUAUUCUGAAAGUUUAGUAGUGCAGAAAUUUUGCCUUGGCCUUUCACAAAAUAGAUGGUCUAUGCUGUUGAACAUUUCCAUUCCUAACAAAUAUGCACAGAAGAUUAUUUUGGUGUGGAUAUGAAGCUAUCAUCAGUCUGUGCCCAAUUAUGUGUAGACACACAAUGCUAAAAUUUAUAAAGCAAUGCAAUGAGUUUUAAAGUAGAGGAAGAAAACAUUUUAAAAUAAACCCAGUAAGUCAAAUAUCUUCAUUUAAAAAACACAUAAGAUAAAUGUACAAAUGUCCAAACACAUAGAAAUAUAAUCUCUGAGUGUGGUAUAAUUUGAUGUCACAUACAAAGUUUUUGUCUUCCAGACAAAAAGGAGGAGUAUACCUAACAGUGCACCUGGACGCUCCUUUGGAUAGAGGUUGGCAGUUCUUUAAUCCGUGAAAAUAAACCCUUAAAAGAAGAGUCAACCAUACUGAAAUACAGGACUUGAUGUCUUUUCUAAUUCUAGUAUAUAUUAAUGCCCUUUAAGAAUGUUUACAAAGAGCUGUGAGUUAGGAUUAGGUGAUAACACUAACAAAAAGGAAUUUGGAGGAUGUUUUAAAAUAUGCAAGAUACUCUUCCUCUAGUGUUGAAGUCUACAUAAAUACAUAUGAUUAUAUUUUUAUUAAAAGUUCUAUUUUGCUUUUAAAUUUUAAUUGUUUUCAUAAUGUUGUGAAUACUUCACUCAGUCAGGGGUUCUGGUAUAUGUCUUUAUGCAUUCAAGGUUUUUAAUGAUUGCAAUGAGUGGUUUCAUUCGUCUGAUAUUAAAAGAGGCAAGCUCAAGCUUCAACAGGCUGAAGUGUUGUAUUUGUUUUCCAGUACUUUAUCCAUCUAACUAUGCUGUUGAGGAUCAAUGGAAAUAGAGUAUGAAACAAGAUAUUACUUUGAUAAACUGAUUUUGAUAUUCUUUAUUAGGUGUUCAUUUUGGCUGAAUUUAUCAGUUUAUAGGCUACUGUAGCUUAGCAUUAGCACGGAAUGCAAUGUAGUACUUUACAUCUAUUAGAAUACAUAUGCACCGUAUCUAUAAACUGUUAAAAAAUCAGUUCCUAAACAGCACCCCUACACCCUCUCCCCUCCAAAUAGUCACUUUAUUAGGAAACAUUUGAAGGCACUUUAAUUUUAAUGGACAUGAUUACACUAAAUCUUUUUAUACUUUAUUAAAAAAAUAGUAAAAAUACAGUGGAGUCUGAUUCAGACAUGGUUAGCAACUUCUCAGCUGGGCUGGAGUCAGAAAGCAUUUAUGCAUUGUAUGACAAAUCUACUUUAGUGAGUCACUUAGGCAUGAAAAUGUAUAGGACUUGGAAAAUAAAUGCUUCCAGUAUACUAACAAGAAAUAAGGAAACAGGAAGAAUGAAACCAAUAAUUUUAAAGAAAAUUAAACACCAAUCAAAUAUGCACAGUAAGAAACUGCAUGAUAAAUGUAAGUAUACUUAACUUUGAACAUCAACAUCAUACAAAAUCUUCUGGGUGACAGUUCACUUAUUUAGUAGGUUUCAUAGUUAUAAAUAAUUAAAGAGGAUAAUAAUAUUCUGUAAUUUGUGACCUUGUUUUAACUGGGAAAAUUGUUACUUUUCUAAAAUGUAAAAGAAAUAACUGGAUUUAUGUUUGAAUGUGUCACUGCUUGCUGUUGAAGAAUAUUUAUUAACCACAUGCAAAAUAUUGCUUAACAUUAUCUUUUUGUACUUCUUAUUAAAGUUAAUUUAAAUAUA